AUGUUUUGGGUGGUGUUGAGUGUCGUGUUUGGAAGGGGCGAGCCGAAACGAGAGCCGGAUCCCAGCUUCGUCAAGUCUCCGGCCACGGCCACCACUGAGACCCACACCGACCGCGACCCCGGCGACAACCGGGAACCGUGGUGCCUUCCGCCACGGGAGGAAAUCGCUGUUUCGACCAUCAACCGCAGCACCACCCUUUCCACCCGCCUCCUCACCUCCUGA